UUUGGCGGACGGGACCGCGGGAACCCGGAAACGCCUGGGCCGCACCGAGGCGGUCCGGGCCACUGAGACGGCGGGAGCCGGCGGCGCUGCGGGUCAGCGGACGCGGCGGGGCCGGCGGGCUCGGCAGCCUGGGGCGCCCGGUGUCGGGGAGCCCGGGGCUCCAGUGCGAGCGGCUGGCCGAGCCUCACGGCGGACAAAUGAAGAGAAAACAAUGUCUGCCAACCUAAAAUAUCUUUCCUUGGGAAUUUUGGUGUUUCAGACUACCAGUUUGGUUCUAACAAUGCGUUAUUCUAGGACUUUGAAAGAGGAGGGUCCUCGUUACCUGUCUUCUACAGCAGUAGUUGUGGCUGAAGUUUUGAAGAUAAUGGCCUGCAUCUUUCUAGUCUACAAAGACAGUAAGUGUAGUGUGAGAACACUGAAUCGAGUACUUCAUGAUGAAAUUCUUAAUAAGCCCAUGGAAACACUUAAGCUUGCUAUUCCAUCAGGGAUAUAUACUCUUCAGAAUAAUUUACUCUAUGUCGCACUGUCAAACCUAGAUGCAGCCACUUACCAGGUUACAUAUCAGUUGAAAAUACUUACAACAGCGUUAUUUUCUGUGUCUAUGCUUGGUAAAAAAUUAGGUGUGUACCAGUGGCUCUCUCUAGUAAUUCUGAUGGCAGGAGUUGCUUUUGUGCAGUGGCCUUCAGAUUCUCAAGAGCUGGCCUCUAAGGAACUUUCAACUGGCUCACAGUUUGUAGGCCUCAUGGCAGUUCUCACAGCAUGUUUUUCAAGUGGCUUUGCUGGAGUUUAUUUUGAGAAAAUCUUAAAAGAAACAAAACAAUCAGUAUGGAUAAGAAACAUUCAACUUGGUUUCUUUGGGAGUAUAUUUGGAUUAAUGGGUGUAUAUGUUUAUGAUGGAGAAUUGGUAUCAAAGAAUGGAUUUUUUCAGGGAUAUAAUCAACUGACGUGGAUAGUUGUUGUUCUGCAGGCGCUUGGAGGCCUUGUAAUAGCUGCUGUCAUUAAGUAUGCAGACAAUAUUUUAAAAGGAUUUGCCACCUCUUUAUCCAUAAUAUUGUCAACAGUUAUAUCCUAUUUUUGGUUGCAAGAUUUUGUGCCAACCAGUGUCUUUUUCCUUGGAGCCAUCCUUGUAAUCGCAGCUACUUUCUUAUACGGUUAUGAUCCCAAACCUGCAGGAAAUCCCAUUAAAGCAUAGUCAUGUACUAUCUUUAACUGGUUUUUCACGAUGGUGCCCUAGGAAUCUCAACAUUAAUCUUGCACAGAGGACUUCUGCAGGUUCUAUGAAGAUAUCAUCAUGCUAAAUCUGAUCAUACUGUUCAAAUGAUUUGAAAAUGUAUAGGCUUCAGGAUGAAACGUGUAUAUCAGCUAGAAACCCAAGCUUGGAAGUGUGUCUAGGGAGUAGUGUUAGAGGGAUAUGGAUAGGAGGCCUGAAGUCGGAGCUCAUAACAACUUCACCCUUUUGGUUGCUGCAGAACAGUCCAGUGCAGCCUUUGCGAGAGCACACAAAUGCAAAUGCCAAUGUUUGCAAGGCAGAUCUACUUGCUUACCACAUGUUCUUAAUCUUACUCUGUCUGUACAGAUAUAUCAAAUUACACGGACUAUUUGAAGUCAGAAGAUUAUAAUUGCCUAUAAAGCUGUGAACAAACAAAUAUAAAACCAUUUCCAUGUAUCUGGGAUUUUUGUAUUCAUGCAGAAGAUUGCUAAGCAAAGGAUUGCUAAAUGUUAUUUGUUCAGCUACAUAAAACUUGAUGAAGUAGUCUGGGUUUGAUUCAUAUUUAAGUUUAGUAUAGGGAGAAUCUAUUUCUCCAUGUAUAGCUUUAGACCAUUUACUGCUUUGAGAUAGCUGUUAUGUUCUUCAUAUACUAAAAUAGCCAGUGACUUUGACACUAAUGAAGUUUUACCCAUCAUUUUCCAGUUGUAUUUCUUUCUAAUAUAUAAGAGAAAUUCUUAUUAUUACCUUAAAUUAAAUUGUGUGUGCUGCCAUUAAAACUUUUUAAUGAAUUUAAAGGGAUUAGGUACUCAUUUAAUAACUGAAAACAAAAUAAUGAUUACUGUCCAGUCUCCAUGUGGAGAAAUCUGAACUAUGAAGUAUAGACUACAUAUAAUUUUGAAAUGGAGAAUUUUGUUAUUCUGCAGUAGGAAUUUCUUUUAUUCUGCAACUGUUGACAGAGGCAACAAUAAAAAAAAUAGUACUAGUUAUAUCAGUGGACCAAGAACAAAGCUGACUUUCUUACAGACAUUCUCUACUGUCAUAUUAUUACUUUUUUUUUUAAAGGCAAGGUUUCCUCAUGUAGAUCAGGCUGGCCUCGAACUCACAGAGAUUUACCAGUCUCUGCCUCCUGAUUGCUGGAAUUAAGGGUAUGGACCACCCUGCCCAGCUCAGUACAUUAAGUAGCACUAUAAUUUAAGCUCAAAGGCUAUUUAGAAGUUUUUAGGUCUUAAAAGCCCAUUCCCCUAGCAAUACUCUGAUCAUAUGUCAGAAGAGGUGGUGGCAUUCUGAGUUCCCUUUCUAUGUCCCCAUGAGUGCUGCUGGGCGGGGGCAACCACUUGCUUUAAAAUAGUAGAUUUUGUUUCUUAUAGCACUGGCAUUGAGGAUACAAAUUAUGAGUUAUUUAAUAAGCUGAUUCAAAGGAGAGACUAUAUUAGAAAUAAUAAAGUGAAAUGGGAGACAAAAAUGUAUUCUAUAUUUGGAAUAUAAUUUAUUUAAUUAUUGACUAUAUGCAGAAUUACCUAUUGAAUAUAAGAUGUAUUUUACUUUAUUUUUUCAUUUAUAUUGUAUAUAUUUUAAAAGUUUGUUGUAAUAGAUACAAACCUAUAAGAAGAUGACUAUUUUUUAGGUAGUUCUAACAGAUUUUGUAACAUGGAGUUUGACUCAAAAGUACUACUGCUAAGAACUGUAAGGUAGGUACCCUUGGCUAACUUGGACUGGCUGUUAUGAUCUUGUUAGUGCACAUGUACUCUCAAUAGUGUACAUGCCUAGCCAAGUCCAUUCAGUUUCAAAGUACUUAAAAUUACAGAGUAUUUAAAGCUAUUGCACCAGCGAUGACAGAGUGAUACCAGGUUUUCUGGAUGCCAGAUUUAUGGUUUUCAGUGAUUGAAUAACUUUUGGAGAUUGAAUAACUCCAUUUGGAGCAUGGUGUUCGGCCACCACAACAUUCAAGCUAUGUCCUAAAGCCUACAACUAAGUACAGCCUAGAUCUUGCAAAUAUAUAAAAUUCAUGGAUACAGAUUGAUGUUCGGCUCACAUAAGUAUUGUGUGGGCAGUUGUGCUAAUACCAUGUAGAUUCACAAUUAAUGGUUACUUAGAUCUGUCUACCCCUGUCUUAACCCCACAAAAAUAUAUACAAGUAAGUUAUUGGUAUUAAGAUUGUUAAAGUAAUAAUGCAUUUCAGGUGUCUGGAAAUCUUUUAUUAGGUGUCAUUUAUAUUUUUCUUUUCUAGUCAGUCUAAAAAUGUUAUUUGGCUGAAUGUAUAGUUUAAAAAUUUAUAAGGAAAAAAAUUACAUUUGGGGGAAAAAUGGGCUUGUAGCCUAGAUUGUGUCAUAUAUAUUGAUACUGAAAUUUUGUGUAAUGUGCUUUGUGUUUUAAUGAUGUUCAAUGGUGUAAUUUUGUCAUGCUUUUAUAAUAACGCUUGGAUUAUUUAAAUUUGAUACUUUAAAAAGUGUACUUGUUGUUGCUCAGCUAUUUUCCCUAAUACAGAAUGUGUGAAUUCUUGGAGAAAGAAUAGCAACAAGAGCUGCAUUAAAGUUAGGCGUAGCCCAUUGACAGAGUUUGGCUCACCAGCAAGCCCUGCAGUGCAGUAUAGCAGCUCUGUACUGAAUGCUUUUCAAGCUGGAAGUUAACUAUUAUAAUAGAAUAUGUAGUUUAAAAAUGUAGAACUUCAAGGUUUACACCAGUUUCUAUGGAAUGCCACAGAAUUUCAUAUGAAGAAAAGGCAAUGGGAUAUUUAAACAAGAGUCCAUUAGGAAAUUCCAAAAGGAAAUUGACACUCUGCUCUGAACACUUUAGAAUGCUUACUCUUCUUACAAAUCAAGUUAGUAGACUUUAAAUGUCAUUACACAAUCAUUUGACUGAGGUCUUGUCUUUUCUUUUCUUUUUGAGGCAGGGUCUUACUCUGUAGCCUUGGCUGGCCUGGAACUUGCUAUGUAGCCCAGGCUGGCCAGCAAAUCACAAAGAUCUGCCUGCCUCUGUCUUUCAAGUGCUGGGCUUUAAGGUGUGUGCUAGCACCCCCAUUUGAGUUUUGUUUAUAAAGAAAGGCUUUGGCAUCACUCAUUCUAUUUAAACAUUCAUUGUAAAAAUAUUUGACUUCUAUAGCUGUAUCUUUACAUUGAAUUUAUAAAAAGUAUUUAUGUUGUAUUGAAAGUCAUCUCAAGAAUCUCCAAGAUAUUUAAAGUAGUUAUAGGGCCAAAGAAAAUGCACCUUUACCACAAUCUGGUCCUAUGUGCCUUGCUUUACCAAAUAAAUACCUGACUUUUAUGGAGAGUAUUUCUGUAAUUUACAACUUUAAACACAUACUUGAAAUUGGGAUUUUUUAAAAGAAUAACGGAAUAACUAUAAUUGUUUCAACAUUUGCUCUUUAAAUCCAUGAUCUAGCAAACUGAUACUAAGUAUCCUGUCAAAGCAUCCGUGAAUAGCACUAGUUUAAGUGACUUAUGACACCUGCACGGUGAUUCCAGUUUGAAACUUUAGCAACUGUAUAUAAAUGUCUGUCUGUUGUUUCUUUUCUUGUAAGACAUAAUUUGCUGUGAUUUAAAAUAUUUUAAAAGUGAUUUCUACCCUAAAUUGGUCUAUGUCUGUACAUCAUUUACAUAAAGUGAUUCUUUGGGUUUGGGAAUGUGAUUUGUAUUUUAAAUUUUUUACGAAUAUAUUUCAAAGGAAUGUAUAAACUGGUCUUUUAUUAAGUGUUUUUUUAAAAUGAUAAUUCCUCAUGUUGUUUUUUGGUAUUCAUUAUUACCUAUAUUUAAUAGAUAAGGGGAAUAGAUUAUUUUCAUAAAUAACUAUAUUUUCCUGCUUUCCCUUUUUUACCUGUGUCUGAUUUAAUCUGUGGAUUACUUUCUUGUUUUUAUAUUUCAGGAAUAACUUGCUCAUCUUCAUCCCUUGGUAACUUGAUGUCACAUGUAAUUCUGCUUCCUUUUCUUUGUUUUACCAGAGUGGUUAGAAUUUCUCUGCCUAUAUAAUGAUCUCAGCUCAAAGGAUUUUGUUUGAAAUAAAAUACUUCUUUGCUGCC